CAGUUGUUUUCCUCUCAAGAUGGCUCUGAAAUAUAUGAAUACCAAAAACAGAAAAGACUGCAAUUUUGACUUAUGGAUACAGAUAAGACUUGUGGAUACAUUUUGGAUAGAAACAGAUUACGGUCUACACAACCAAUUCUCAAGUUCUUGAUUCUUGAAAUUAAACACAAAACCAAUAGAAUUAGUAUAUAUAUACAAUAAUGGAAGUUCUUAGUUGUUCAAAAAUAUAUACAAUAAUUUUUUUAAGAUUUAUUUUAUUUCUAUUUCACAUAUAUAUUUUGUAUAUAUAAAACAAUAAAAUAAUUGAAUCCGUUUAUAUACUUACAACGAUAUACCAAAAUGAUAAUGUUUAAAACAAUAUAACAUAAAAAAAAUGUACCACUUUAAAAUAUCCCAUGCUGAAAUUUGAAUAUAUACAUAUACAUUUCCAAAAGAAAUCAACUAUCUUUGUUAGUUGCGACUUGCCAGCCAUAUCCUAGAGAUAAUGUUUUAUUUUUUGUUUUAUUUAUUAUUAUACAAGAAAAACAAAAUAACUCCCGCGCAGUCAGGGGUAUUAUUGAUAUCUCGCUAGACUGGAGGCUAUAUAAAGAGCCCUAGUAACGGCCAGUAUACUCCAUCUCCCCCUCCCACUCCUACUUCUCCCUCUUCUCCGUCUUGUUUUCAGAUAUUAAACUAUCCAUCCAAAAGAUAUGGGAACGAACGAUACAACAUGUCCAGGACCAAUGAAAGCAACCUCUAAUGGAGUCUUUCAGGGAGAGAAUCCUCUGCAACAUGCGUUGCCUCUUCUGAUACUACAGAUCUGCAUCGUUCUUUUCCUCACUCGUGUUCUUGCUUUUAUCCUCCGUCCUCUCCGGCAACCACGUGUCAUCGCCGAGAUAGUGGGUGGAAUAUUACUUGGACCAUCAGCUCUUGGGAAAAGCUCAAAGUUUCUCGACACAGUUUUUCCAGCAAAGAGUCUAACGGUUCUAGACACACUUGCCAACUUGGGACUCAUCUUCUUUCUCUUCCUCGUCGGUCUCGAGCUUGACCCUAAAUCUCUCAAGCGAACCGGGAAGAAAGCUCUCUCCAUCGCACUAGCUGGAAUCACUCUCCCUUUCAUCUUCGGCAUCGGAACUUCAUUUGCACUGCGUAGCUCCAUUGCUGAUGGAGCUAGCAAAGCUCCUUUUCUCGUGUUCAUGGGCGUUGCUCUCUCCAUCACAGCUUUCCCCGUCUUGGCACGUAUCCUCGCUGAGAUCAAGCUUCUCACAACUGAUAUUGGGAAGAUUGCCUUGUCAGCUGCUGCGGUUAAUGACGUGGCGGCUUGGAUUCUACUAGCUCUCGCGGUGGCUCUCUCCGGAGAAGGGAGCUCUCCGCUCACUUCUCUAUGGGUGUUUCUAGCGGGUUGCGGUUUUGUUGUGUUCUGUAUCUUUGUCGUGCAGCCGGGGAUGAAGUGGAUUGCCAAACGUUGUCCCGAAGGGGAACCGGUUAAAGAACAUUACGUGUGUCUCACGUUAGGUAUUGUUCUUGCUGCUAGCUUCGUCACGGACUUGAUUGGGAUCCACGCGCUGUUCGGUGCGUUUGUGAUCGGUGUUAUCUUCCCUAAAGAAGGCAAUUUCGCAAACUCUCUGGUUGAGAAACUUGAGGAUCUCGUGUCGGGCCUGUUCUUGCCUCUUUACUUUGUAUCAAGCGGUUUGAAGACAGAUGUGGCGACCAUACAAGGAGCUCAGUCUUGGGGACUAUUGGUUUUAGUUAUAUUCAACGCUUGCUUCGGUAAGAUCGUCGGCACGGUGGUGGUUUCUCUUUACUGCAAAGUUCCUCUUGAUGAAUCAUUAGCACUCGGUUUCUUGAUGAACACGAAAGGUCUUGUUGAGCUUAUUGUCCUCAACAUUGGUAAAGACAGAGGGGUUUUGAACGAUCAAAUCUUUGCUAUAAUGGUACUAAUGGCGAUUUUUACUACCUUCAUGACGACUCCUCUGGUUUUAGCGGUGUAUAAACCAGGAAAAUCUUCAACCAAAGGCGAUUACAAUAACCGGACAAUCGAGGAAACGAACCGGUCCAACAAACCGCUACGUCUUAUGUUCUGUUUCCAAAGCAUAAUGAACAUUCCUACGAUCGUGAACCUCAUCGAAGCUUCCCGUGGCACGAACCGUAAAGAAACUCUAUCAGUCUACGCGAUGCAUCUCAUGGAGCUUUCAGAGAGGUCAUCUGCUAUACUGAUGGCGCACAAGGUUAGAAAAAACGGCCUUCCUUUCUGGAACAAAGACAAAUCUGGUAACAGUUCCGACAUGGUGGUGGUCGCGUUCGAGGCUUACCAGAGACUUAGCCGUGUCUCGGUGCGUCCAAUGACGGCCAUCUCAGCGAUGGCGACUAUCCACGAAGAUAUAUGCCGAAGCGCUGAACGCAAACGCGCUGCAAUGGUGAUUCUUCCGUUUCACAAGCACGUUAGACUGGACAGGACGUGGGAGACGACAAGGAACGAGUACCGUUUGAUUAACAAGAAGGUUAUGGAGGAAGCUCCGUGUUCUGUCGCGAUUCUUGUUGAUCGUGGUCUUGGUGGUGCGACUCGUGUCUCGUCUAGUGAUUUCUCGUUGGCUAUAACGGUUUUGUUUUUCGGAGGGAAUGAUGAUCGCGAGGCGUUAGCGUUUGCGGUUCGUAUGGCGGAACAUCCUGGUAUUAGCUUAACCGUGGUCCGGUUCAUUCCUAGUGAAGAGUUUAAACCGGAAAACGUGAAGCUCGAGAUAACCGAAGAUCAAACCGGUUCGUGUUCAGGGGAAACUAGAUUGGUUGAUAUAGAAGCUAUAACCGAGCUUAAAGCAAAGCUAAAAGAACAAGAAAGCUCAGAGUGUCAGAUUGUAUACGAAGAGAAAAUUGUUAAGUGUCACGAGGAAGUCUGCAAGGCUAUGGAUGAAUAUUCAAGAAGCAAUCUUUUCUUGGUGGGGAAGUCACCAGAAGGUUCGGUAGCUUCAGGGUUACAUGUGAUGAGAAGCGACACGCCAGAGCUUGGACCGGUGGGGAAUUUGUUAACGUCAAGCGAAAGUGUUUCGACGUCGGCGUCGGUGUUGGUGGUGCAACAGUAUGUAGCAAGCCGUGAUUCUCCGGUGGUUGGAGUCUUGAAGAACGCCACAAAGGAAGACUCGCCGGUUAAGGAUACGGAGAGUCCUUAGCGAUCUCUUUUUGGGAUUCGAAGACUCGAAAAGGUCAAAAGAUUGACUUGUGUCAUUAUGUAAAUAAUAAAUUCGAAUAAAAUAAUUUCACAAAAGAAUAUUUCGUUUAUACACUGUAGGUAUCCGUAGCAUUUGGAUUAAAAUGACUAGAAUGAUGCCCGUCAAUGUUUAUAGUAGUUGACAAAAAAUAGUCAAUGAUUAUGUGUUUUAUAUCUCCUCAUCAGUUGAGCUGGCAAUUCGAGAUCACAAUUCAAUGUUAUUGGUUAAAUAUUUAGUCUCAUAAUGCAGAUACUACUAUACUAGCUAGUUAGCUGAUGAGUGAUGACGAGAAAAAUGAAUCGGGAAAGGACGUAAAUGUUUUACUACUUGAUUCUGCGCACGGAUGAGAGUGUCUUUUGAGUAGCACAUAGUGUUUGUUUGGAGAUGAUUAGCAUUUAGCAGAUUAAAGUCGUUCUUUAACCAUCGCUGGUAUUGAAUGCUGGACUCAUAACUUUUUAGAUCAAUCUUAAAUGAACCUUCUGAGUUCUGAGGCUAAACAUUGAUUGUUUAGCUGAUAAAUUUUUAAAUGUUCCAUGGUGAAGUUGAGGAAUAGAAGGUGUCUUUCUAGAUUUCUUAUCGUUUGUAGUUUUCUUUUUC